AACUCUGAGCUCUAAGCCCCAAGACAAGCAGCCGUUGAGAGUCUUGUUAGUUUCAAGCUGCUGCUGAAACAAUGUUGGUAGUAUGUGCACAGAAAGAGAAGAGAAACAGAAAGGGAAGACGUGGAGAGAGAGAGAAUUGGAAAGCGAGAAAAGAGAUAAAUAAGCGGGAUACACAAAGGAGGUAUAUGAAAAAAAUCAGGACCACAAGGAAAUGAAGCUCAAGAAAUCGAAGUAAAAAGAAAGAAAAGUUGGAUGCAGCAGAAUGCAGCAAGAGAAAAAACAGAAUUAUGUGCAUGCAGAAAAUUAACACUGAAAAACAUAAGUAAUACUUAGCAACAAACAAAAAUGGAAGUAAUGAAAAUGUAAUGCAGAAAGCUCAUAUAACUAUUUUGACUACAUUUUUCAAGAUUUUCUUCCCUGGAAAGUUUACCAGAACCAAACAAAGAUGGUAUAUUCCAAGGACUGAGAAUGGACCAAGGUUUCUACACAUCUAAAGAUUUUCUACCACUGGUAGCAAUGGCAAGUAAACCAGGAAUGUGUGCCUGUCACUCUCCAUUGCCAUUGAUACAGGGAACUGUAAUUGUACUUGGAGCAGGAGACACUGCUUUUGAUUGUGCAACAUCUGCUUUACGCUGUGGAGCUCGCCGUGUAUUUGUGGUCUUCAGAAAGGGAUUCACUAAUAUCAGGGCUGUCCCUGAGGAGAUGGAACUUGCAAAAGAAGAAAAGUGUGAAUUUCUGCCUUUCCUCUCACCUCGGAAGGUUGUAGUGAAAGGUGGACGAAUUGUUGCUAUGGAAUUUGUUCGAACUGAGCAAGCUGAAACUGGACACUGGAUUGAAGAUGAGGAUCAGAUUGUCCGUUUGAAGACAGAUGUGGUGAUCAGUGCCUUUGGUUCAGUUUUAGGUGACCCUAAAGGUAAUGCUCAGCUGUAAUAUGCUAUAUUAAAG